AGAGUAGAGGCUUGGGGGAAAGCUGCUUUGCCAGCGUGAGAUAUGGCCGCUGAGAUCCGGGAUUGCGCCUGCGCGCUCCCGGGUGACUGAGUGACCGGAGGAGUUCAGCAGCAGCAGGGAGAAAGAUGGCGGCAGCCAGUGGGGUGUCUAUGAGCAUCCUGGAGUACCUCGGCGGGGAGGAGGGGAACCGGUGCGGCUACUGUAAGAGCGAGGCCGGUAACAUCUCCCAUGGCAUGUGGGCACACUCCCUCACUGUGGAUGAUUACCAGGAUCUGAUAGACAGAGGAUGGAGACGGAGUGGGAAGUAUGUAUACAAGCCUCUGAUGAGCGAGACAUGCUGUCCCCAGUAUACUAUCAGGUUGUCUGCCCCGAAUUAUCAACCCAGCAAAUCUCACAAGAAAGUCUUUAAAAGAAUGCAGAAAUAUCUUCAAUCUGGAGAAAUGUCUCAUUCUAAAAAUGAUGGUAUUUCUGUAGAGCCUAUGGAUUCUCAGGCAGACAGCCCUGUCUCGUUCAAGGUCUCCAUUACAGACCACACUGAAAUCUCUGGGGAAGAGCUGAAACCAGUCGCCACAGAGAUAGAGGAAUCUGAGAAAAAACAGGGAGCUAAGGAAAUGCCGUCUAACAUUGACAUUAAUGAAGAUCAGGCAGAUUUGAUACAAACUAUCAACACAAAGCCAAACACAUCGACUCUGAAACCAGGUAGCGGUCCUGACGCAAGUAAGCCCCCCUGCAGGAAAGCUAAAGACAUCCGUAAGGAACGUCAUUUGCAAAAACUACGUCUUAAAAAGGCUGAUCAGACUGUGCCUACAGAGGAACCAAAUAUUGUCCCAACCAAUGCAAAACCCAAAGCAAACAGCAACAAACCUAUAGAGGAAUUUCUAACUGUGGCAGACCCGGAGAGCGCAGCCCACCGACUUGAGGUCAAGUUAGUUCCAGUCUCCAUGGAGGACCCCGAAUUCGAGUCAUCCUUCGAAUGUUCUGCAGCUCUUUACGCCAAGUACCAGAUGAGCGUGCACAAGGACCUCCCUUAUGAAUGCGGACCAGCAGAGUUCACCAGGUUUCUCUGCGAUUCUCCGCUAGAGUCCGAGACGCGGCCAGAUGGUCUCUUUUGUGGCUAUGGCUCCUUUCACCAGCAGUAUUGGCUGGAUGGGAAGAUAAUUGCUGUUGGAGUUAUUGACAUCCUGCCUUAUUGUGUGUCUUCCGUGUACCUCUACUACGACCCUGAUUAUUCUUUUCUCUCCCUUGGCGUAUACUCUGCCUUGCGAGAAAUAGCAUUCACCCGCGAGCUGCAGACAAAGGCCGUCAACCUGCGCUAUUACUACAUGGGUUUCUACAUCUUCACAUGUCCCAAGAUGAGAUACAAGGGUCAGUAUAAGCCAUCAGAACUCCUUUGCUCGGAGAGCUAUACCUGGGUUCCCAUAGAGAAAUGUUUACCACUACUUGAGCGCUCUAAAUACACGCGCUUUAAUAGCAACCCUAAAGAAGGGGACAAAGACCGGCUGACAGAGCUGGGGCGCGUUCGAGUCCUGCACAAGCGUACAGUGAUGCCUUACAGUGUAUACAAGAAGAGACACAGGGGGCCAAGUGACGAGACUGUUGUUAGACAGUAUGCAAGCUUGGUGGGCCAGACCUGUGCGCAACGCAUGUUGCUGUACCGCAGCUGAAAUCCAAACUCUGUAUAGACCUCUGAAAUCUGAAGCUUUGUGGAGUAGCCUUCUGCGAAGACUGCAUGUCCAUAUUUUCACCAACUUGGUAUUAGACUCUUAAUAUGAUUGGCAUGGGAAUAAACCUUACACACAAUGGCCUCUCGUUACCUACCAUAAUAUAUGUUCCUACUCCCACUUGAUUAGUGUCUGGGAGGACUAUGCAAUGGGCUUAAAGAAAUUUAUAUAUGGGGGUUUGUGUAAUAGGGUGCGACUUGCAUGGAGCAGCACUAUUUCGGGGACUCGCCCUGCAAAUUUAAAGUAGCAAUUAUUCAAAAGUAAAACCAGCUUGGUUUUGCUCUUUAAACUAUUGCUGCUUUAAAUCUCCAGCCAAGAACGCCAAAAUCGCAUUGCUUCACACAACUCGCACCUUAUUACAUAAAACCUGUGGUCUUUCAUGUUUUGCUAGUCUCAUUCAUACCAGAAUGACUACCUUUAUUCUUUAUAAUAUAAUAAAAUGUACUCUAAAGCAAUAGAGUGAAGCUGUUGGCAUGUAAUUGGUUGCACUUUAAAUUAUUUGUGUGAUGACUGUUUUCUUUUUGUUUAAUUACCCUGGAAUCUAUUAUACUGAUUUGUUUUUACAUUUAGCAGUUGUGCAAGUUAAAGUAGCAGUGCCCUGUGGAGCAAUAUAUUACAUCAGCCACUGGCAUUUGCAUAGCUAACCAAACGUUUACCUAAAUAGACCACAAUAUUAAUUUGCCUUAAAGGUAUCGUGAGUCCAUUAAAGCACUAACUAGGUAUGUGAUUCUAAGGCUUCAACACAUCUCCUGUCACCUCUGUAUAUUACAGUGUUAUGAUCUUUAACCUCUAUCCUGACAGCUGAGACUACCCAGUUAAGUAUGACCCCACCCCGAUCCCUUGUCACCCCACGUGCCUCUGUGACAGUGAUGGUAGUUGGCAGACAAUGCCUUAUUCAUAUAGACCUGUGGGGGUGCACCCUAGAAGCUCCCCACUUUCUUACUUGGAAUUUGUAAGUUAAAAUUUGUCCUACCCAGUAAGCGAUUCCUGUUUAUGGAAUACAUUGGUGGUUUGAUGACGUAUCUUAUAAAUCAAAGGGAGGCUAAACAUUGAUAUGCUUUUUUUGGUCUGUUAACCUUCUGUCAGUUACACUUCUGUUUAUGGUAUUUCUUUUAAGUUUUGUGGUUAAAGAGACAUUGAAAUGUUUUUCUUUUUAUCCCAAUAAAAGCCUUUAUCACUUA